CCAGGGGAGGGAGACUCGACAUGCUUCAGGACUUAGUAAAUGUACACUCGUGUCUUUUUGAAACUUUUUGAAAUGUGUAUGACCAAUAUUAGUGUUUUAACGACUCGCGUUUAAGCGAUUAUACAUUUGUUAAAUCUUUAUUUUCAGUACCUCUUUUAAUACUGAAGUUUAUAUUAUAUUUGUUUAAGCAGCAGCGGGAAGGAUCUAUUUUCAGAAUUGUUACAACUUUCAGACGUGGAACUCGGGGAAAAUACUUUUUUGGAGGCUGCCAAGGAGCGAACAGGUUUUAGAUGCGUAGCAACUUUAGUGGGCGAUAGACAUAAUUUGGGCUGCAGAAACGAAACGAGAUGUAUAUUCCUAAUUAAUUAACUAGUUGCAUGUUAAGCAACUAAUGCAACGAUUCCAUUGGAUUAGUUUAACUUUUCAAGAGUCCGGAAAUCUCCGUUGUCAACUUUACAGUGGCAUUUUUGUCAAAGAUUGUCGCUACGGAGCCUAUGAAAGUUACUCUUGCAUUUUCGUCGUUUACUGUAUUGUCGCCUUUCAUCGUGGAAUCCGUCAUCAACAAACAUCAACCUGACUUUGUUCCUCUUGGUUUCUGAAACCCCUGGGUGGGGAUAUCGUCACAAUAUCCUAUCCAGCGUAAAGAGUCGGGGAUUUGCUUUUUAGGUAUUUGACAACUUGUUGCAUCUGGAGCCCCUCUGCCAGAUUUGACUCUUUUUUUUCUUGCUCUGGAAAUGGAAUAGCGGUACAUUGGAUACACUUUGGUUUUAAAUCAGGCAAUUUGUAGAAUGUCUAUAGUGGGUUGGGCACGAAUUAAAGUUCAAACAUUGUUGCAAAAUGUUUAUUGAAAUCUUGCCAGUGGUUGAAGAUUACAAGAGCCGCCGUGUGCCCGGACUGAACCGAUCUGUCUAUGAUAACUUUAACAAGCACGUUGAAAACGAGGACCGGGCCGCUGUUUAUCUCAUGUAAGGAGCUCGUGCUGUAUGUGAACGGUGAACUAAAUGUAAAGUCUAUUCAACUAUAAGCGACGCAAUUUCAAUUAUUGAUUUGAUGUUGUCGAACUUGUGCAUGCAAUGUUUGGCCUCUCCUGUUAGUGAUACCGGUUAACACACAUGAUCUAAAUCUGAUCUUAUUAGCCUAAGUAUGUUAUAUUUAUUUGAUGGUUAGCAAUUCCAUAAUUUAGAAGCAAACGUUCAGAUUUUUUUCUUAUCAGUGAAUAUGAAGACUACUUUACUUGGCGUGUUUAAUAACUGUUUUUACCUGGAACAAACGUUCAAAGCCGGAUAAAAAUUCAUUACAAAAUCACAAGACAACACGGCAGUCCGUGAGCCUUAACACUUUGGAUAAAACCCUCUAUUUCGAGUCGUUUUCACGGGUUUCUACCAUUUCUAACCCAUAAAGCAGAGGACCAGCGCUGGGCCAUAUAUUUCUUGUCCUGAAUCAACAUUGGUGGUUACCAGCUUUUGAAGUCCACGAUGUACACCCGGAGCCCGCCGCUACAGCCGAUCCAAUGAUCGUUCUCCAGCGGCGACUGGCCGGGCUCUGGCCGUGGCUGCUCAUGGCGGCCCUGCAGGUGGUGUUUGGCCAGACGGGCCUGGAGCUGGCGGCGGCCGUCGAGACGGAGCGCUCAGCCCUCAGGGCUGUCAUCAAGGUGACACUGCUGAGACCCGAGCCAACGGGGAAACCCAUCACUCUGGAAGGGCUGUUUGUCGGAGGGAGCGCCGGCUCUGCAGAGGGGAAGCUCAUGCAGUCCCACCCUCUGUCCCUGUGCAACACCAGUGAAGAUGAGCGCCAGGAGUCAGACUUCAUCAGCAUCGUCAAGCUGGAGAGCCCGGAGCGAAAGGUGCCUCAGUGUCUGCCUCUGCUCCACAAGGCACGACUUGCGCUGGAGAGAGGGGCUCAGGCUGUCAUCUUUGAUGUCACCGAUGAUGUCAACGCUAAGUUCCAGCUGCAUGAUUCAGAUUCCCUGCUGCGUCCGGUGGUGCUGAUGCAGGCUGAGGAUGCUGAGACGCUGAUGGAACUGGUCAACAGGAACGAGGAGGCCAGCGUCCGCAUCGACAUCAAGAGGGAGGACCCAAAAUGGGCCCACUAUGAUGUUGUUGUCCUGCUCACUAUAGUCCUUGCUAUUCUGGCCAUCGUUUCGAUCUUUGCUUUCCGGUAUCGAUGCAAAUCCAGCAGAACCUGGGACUCAGUCCACCAGCAGACGAUGCGAGCCAUCAGUCGUCUGGAGACGCGGAUGUACAGCUCUCAGGGCUGCGGGGGCUCACAGCGCCACCGUGGGGGCUGGGGGUCUAAUAGCAGCUCUAACUCCAGCCCCGUCUGUGCCAUCUGUCUGGAUGAGUUCCUGGAGGGACAGGACCUGAGGAUCAUCUCGUGUGCUCAUGAGUUCCAUAAGGAGUGUGUGGACCCCUGGCUACUGCAGCACCGUACCUGUCCCCUCUGCAUGCACAACAUCAUGGGUUCAGAGCUGUCUGGACAGCCACGGAGGACCAGACUACAGCAGACCCCCGAGCACAGCCAGGGUUUCCUCCACACCCACCCCAUCCCCUUCUCCAUGAGGCCUCACUACCCCCGCGGUCCCUCUGGUCCAUACCCCUCCCUGGGCCACUAUAGCGGCUCCCCGCCUCUGGACCCCCAGACUCACCGCUUCCUCCCUAGCCGGCCCCUGGGCCCUGGUUGCGGAUACCUCCACCCUGCAGAGGGCCCCGGAAGGCCCCACAGAGCCGGGGGCAGCUGCAAGACAGCAGGCCACCCUAUGGAGACCCACUACGGCCCCGGGCUCCGUCGCUCCUGCCACGCCUACCGCUCCGGCUGCCCUUCCCAGCGCAGCGCCUCCAGUUCCAGGCUCCACCACGCCCCCUCCUCUGCUCCCCGCGCCUCCGCAGGGGGAGCCCACACCUGGGGGAACGAGGGGGGCAGCUGCUCUGGGGGGAGCUACCGGACGGAGCACAGUGGCUACCUGGCUGAUGGGCCGGCCAGUGACUCCAGCUCUGGCCCCUGUCACGGCUCCUCCAGUGACUCGGUCCUCAACUGUACUGACGUGUCCCUGCAGGGUGUGUAUGGUAGCUGGUCCACGUUCCGCAGCUCCCUGAGCAGUGACUAUGAUCCGUUUGUGUACUGCGGACCGGGACCGGGACCGACAGGCCGCAGAGACAGCAUGGAGGCAGGGGCCCAGAGACCCAGGUCCCUGGAUUCAGUGGUGAACAGAGACAGCAUGGAGGCAGGGGCCCAGAGACCCAGGUCCCUGGAUUCAGUGGUGAACAGAGACAGAGGACGAGGAGGAGGAGGAAGAAGAGGAGGGUGCUCUGAGGAACAGCAGCAGGCUGUGUUUAGCCACGUCCACUACCACCGCCACCGUCACCACCACUACCGAGAGGAAGGGGAGAGGGAGCACGCCCAGGGCCAGGGGCCAGGCAGGGGGUCGGACGAGGAGCUGGGGGCUACUGCUUUUGGCCGUGAGUCAGGAUCUCCCCCGGCUCUGGACAAAGAUUCCCCAGUGUGCCCUCUGAAAGACAGCCCCUGUCACUGCCCUAAGGCAGACCACACAGACAGUAGGGGGGCCCAUGGCCACGGGACAGAGGGUCAGGGCCAUGAGCUCAGCCACCCCUCAGGCCCCCCUCCAGUCCUGGUAACCCCAGCCCCCUUACCACCCCCACCCACCUGCUGUCACCAGGACCACAGCCACGGGGGCCACCCCCACCGGAGGGCAGGCCGGCUGGGCGACUGUGUGCUCGACGGCCCCUCAGUGCGUUUCCAACAGAACCUGGACCUGCAGGACGACUGUAGCAUCCACAUCCACUAUGACCAGGGUUACUGCUGCCCCCCUCCCGACCUGCCCCCCGCUCUGCUCUCCAUGCCUGUGCCCCUCAUCCUGGACUCUGGAGGAAUGAGGCCCCUCGGGGGCCUAGAGGACUGGCCCUGCUGUGGAGGGCCCCACCAUGUGGUGUGGCAGAAGCGGGUGCAGCAGGCCCACCUUGAGCCCCAUCUGCUGGGGGUCCCUAUGGACAUAACCCCACCCCCAUCCAGCAGGCGCCACCACGGUCCCCACAGCCCAGCGGACGACCGCAACACAGACUUUUGUUUAUACUGCCAAACAUUACACAACAAUCAGGGAUCCGAGGAGGAGUCCGGCGUGUGAGGACUCGCGAGUUGCAUCCCCAACUUCACGCUGCUACGUACACAGGAGCCGGAACGGACAAACACAUCAUCGCGCGGCCAUGUUUCUCAAGUCUUCCAAAUAAUUCCACAUUUAAUAGCUGCAUUCAGACUACACUUCCCAGAAUCCCCCAGUCAGUGCUCAGAGUUCCGUCUGUCCCACAACGAUCAAAAUGAGUCUAUGAGAUUCUGAUUGUUUUGAAGUUGAUUUAUUUUGACCAUCAAUUCAAACAAUAAGCACAAGUCAUGUAUGGACCUCAAAUUGCUCUAAUUCAUUGUUGAAUUCCAGUAUUUUCAAUGUGUUUGAGAGUUUGGGAGUUUUGUUGUUGCUUAGUGAUUGUGUUUCAAGAUGGAGACUGACUGGGAGAUGCUGGAAAUGUUGUUGUUGUUUUGUUUUUCGUCUUGUUUUUAUUUUGUUUUGUAAAUUACAGGAAUAAUUCAAUACCAACAAGUUCCCAGGUUGCCUUAGUGACCACAGGAAUGAUCACUGCUCAGGGCUCAAGCCUCGAUUCACAUCACGAAAUUCCCCAAUUAUCUCCCUCAUUAGAAAUCACACGGACAUACUGGAUGUCUGAUUCCUUGAGUGGUUGAUUGAGUACUUAAUCAAUUAUACUACUCAGUAAUACUUAAUAUCCUUUAAGUCCUUCAUUUGUGUAGAUACAGAAUGUAGACAAGCAUUGGAUCAUGUAUGACACCCAUGCAUGGAGGUUUCUUGCUCUUUCCAACUCAAAUCAGAUCCAGAAAUGUUUCCCAUCGCCGUGGGUUACUAAAGGUACUCAGAGCUACGGAAAAGAAACGUAUCAUUAGGGGAGAACAGUUAUUUUCUUAUCUGGACCUACAAGCAGUGAGCAUCCUGAAAGGUCAUCCUGAGAGGUCAUUAGAGGCUAGUGUGGGGACUUGUGUUGGUUCAUUCAAUAAUGGCAGCUGUUUCCAUCACAUUUAGUUUGUUUUGUGGUUCGGUAAAAACAUUUUUUUUUUUUUGUAAUUGUGUUUUUCAUCGUUAAAAGAAAAAACCAGACUGAUCUAUGUUAUUACAAGCUAUUUUUGUUUUGCUCAUGUCAUUUCUCAUGUUGCCAGUGGUUACGUAGUAUGUUUGACCUGAGCGCUGGUUUGGUGGCCAGUGAAGGAUGGGAGGGGCCCUCCACACAGACCUGGGUUCAAACUGUAUUUGACAUAUUUCAAAUACUGUAGCUGUGCUUGAUUCAGCUUACCUGGCUCCAUGGGACCAAUGGUAUAGUCCUAAAACAUGUAAACCCCGCCCAUCUGGCGUGCACUCCAGUAAGGAUCAAAUAUGCAAAUGCUCAAGUAUGUGAAAUAUUUAAAAUUCUAUUUGAACCUAAAGGUUGGUCUGCCAACAGAACAGCAGCGUGGGUGGAGCUUCGCUCGGCUCAGAAAGGACAUGAACCAUGUCAUCUGCUCUUCACCCCUGACCUCUAACCCCAUCACCUAUUACACAACCCUAUCGUUGUCCACCAGCAAGGAUAUUGUCUCCUUUCCAUAUCCCAUCUACCAGAAGCUAUAGCUCACCAGGGGUGCCCUUAUCUUAAACAUUGUAGCAAAAUAUUAUAUACAGAAUUACUAUGUAAUAACUGGAGGAAAGCCAUGAUAAUUCAUAAUUCAUUCAACUUUGGGAACAUAACAGUUUUCACGACCAAACAUUUACCGAACAAACCUGCGGCCUUAAAUAGACGCCUGGUGCCGUUCGGUCAGUCAAGCCCUUUCCCCGAAUGUCUCACUUGGAUCCAACAUCCCAGGAGAUUAAGUGUGUGUAGUUAUACAGUACAAUGUACAGCACCAGUCAAAAGUUUGGACACGCCUACUCAUUCAAGGGUUUUUCUGUAUUUUUACUGUUUUCUACAUUGUACAAUAAUAGUGAAGACAUCAAAACUAUGAAAUAACGGAAUCAUGUAGUAACCAAAAAAGUGUUAAAUAUAUUUUAUAUUUGAGCUUCUUCAAAGUAGCCACCCUUUGCCUUGAUGACAGCUUUGCACACACUUGGCAUUCUCUCAACCAGCUUCAUGAGGUAGUCACCUGGAAUUAAUUUAAAUUAACAGGUGUGCCUUGUUAAAAGUUAAUUUGUGGAAUUUCUUUCCUUCUUAAUUCGUUUGAGCCAAUCAGAUGUGUUGUGACUAGGUAGGGGUGGUAUACAGAAGAUAGCCAUAUUUGGUAAAAUACCAAGUCCAUAUUAUGGCAAGAACAGCUCAAAUAAGCAAAGAGAAACGACAGUUCAUCAUUACUUUAAGACGUGAAGGUCAGUCAAUACAGAACAUUUUAAGAACUUUGAAAGUUUCUUCAAGUGCAGUUGCAAAAACCAUUAAGAGCUACGAUGAAACUAACUCUCAUGAGGACCACCACAGGAAAGGGAGACCCAGAGUUACCUCUGCUGCAGAGGAUAAGUUCAUUAGAGAUACCAGCCUCAGAAAUUGCAGCCCAAAUACAUUUUUCACAGAGUUCAAGUAACAGACACAUCUCAUAACAUCAACUGUUCAUAGGAGACUGUGUAAAUAAGGCCUUCAUGGUCGAAUUGCUGCAAAGAAACCACUACUAAAGGACACCAAUGAGAAGAAGAGACUUGCUUUGGCCAAGAAACACGAGCAAUGGACAUUAGACCGGUGGAAAUCUGUCCUUUGAUCUGAUGAGUCCAAGGUUGAGAUUUCUGGUUCCAACCGCAGUGUCUUUGUGAGACCCAGAGUAGGUGAACGGAUGAUCUCCGCAUGUGUGGUUCCCACCGUGAAGCAUGGAGGAGGAGGUGUGAUGGUGCUUUGCUGGUGACACUGUCGGUGAUUUAUUUAGAAUUGAAGGCACACUUAACCAGCAUGGCUACCACAGCAUUCUGCAGUUAUACGCCAUCCCAUCUGGUUUGCGCUUAGUGGGACAAUCAUUUGUUUUUCAACAGGACAAUGACCCUAAACACACCUCCAGGCUGUGUAAGGGCUAUUUGACCAAGGAGAGUGAUGGAGUGCUGCAUCAGAUGACCUGACCUCCACAAUCACCCAACCUCAACCUAAUUGAGAUUGUUUGGGAAGAGUUGGAUCGCCGCAGAGUGAAGAAAAAGCAGCCAACAAGUGCUCAGCAUAUGAGGGAACUUCUUCAAGACUGUUGGAAAAGCAUUCCAGGUGAAGCUGGUUGAGAGAAUGCCAAGAGUGUGCAAAGCUAUCAUCAAGGCAAAGGGUGGCUACUUUGAAGAAUAUAAAAUAUAUUUUGAUUUGUUUAACACUUUUUGGGUUACUACAUGACUACAUGUGUGUUAUUUCAUAGUUUUGAUGUCUUCACUAUUAUUCUACAAUGUGGAAAACAGUAAAAAAAAAAAAAUACGAAAAACCCUUGAAUGAGUAGGUGUGUCCAAACUUUUGACUGGUACUGUAUAUAUCCUCCAAUAUAUUUGAGUUCUUACUGUAUUUGAAUACAUGGAGGCUCAGUGGACAUGUGCAAGGAGACUGUAUUGCGUCCGAGGUAAACAUUGAAUUGAAUAAACCCAUUUGAUCCACAGAGUAUUUUCUAAAUAGUUGGAAGCACUUAUAAAACAACAACCUUUAAAAUGUCAUGUGGCUGAUCGACGGGUGUAACACUCUAAACCAGUUAUGAGAUGAGUCCAUCUAUUCCAUUUACUUCAGUUGUGCCUUUAUGAAGUCAGGUCUCUUCAUUCACUACCUCCUGUGGAUCGGUUGACGUUUAUUCUUAGAUCUUUAGAUCAUUAAAUAACCUAAUACAUUAAGCUUGCGUUAUUUGAUGUCUUCUGUUCCUCCUGCGUCAAUCUAAACCCAAUUCACUAGGUUUUGCUUUACAAGAACAUGGUGGAAUCGUAAUGUGUUUUUGGAGACAGCGUCUCACGCUAAUACUUUAGCCUGGUUAAACUAGACUGAACAGUCCCCUAUAGCCAGUCCCCUAUAGCCUGGUUAAACCAGACUGAACAGUCCCCUAUAGCCAGUCCUCUAUAGCCUGGUUAAACCAGACUGAACAGUCCCCUAUAGCCAGUCCCCUAUAGCCUGGUUAAACCAGACUGAACAGUCCCCUAUAGCCUGGUUAAACCAGACUGAACAGUCCCCUAUAGCCUGGUUAAACCAGACUGAACAGUCCCCUAUAGCCUGGUUAAACCAGACUGAACAGUCCCCUAUAGCCUGGUUAAACUAGACUGAACAGUCCCCUAUAGCCUGGUUAAACUAGACUGAACAGUCCCCUAUAGCCAGUCCCCUAUAGCCUGGUUAAACCAGACUGAACAGUCCCCUAUAGCCAGUCCCCUAUAGCCUGGUUAAACUAGACUGAACAGUCCCCUAUAGCCUGGUUAAACUAGACUGAACAGUCCCCUAUAGCCUGGUUAAACCAGACUGAACAGUCCCCUAUAGCCUGGUUAAACCAGACUGAACAGUCCCCUAUAGCCUGGUUAAACCAGACUGAACAGUCCCCUAUAGCCUGGUUAAACCAGACUGAACAGUCCCCUAUAGCCUGGUUAAACUAGACUGAACAGUCCCCUAUAGCCAGUCCCCUAUAGCCUGGUUAAACCAGACUCAACAGUCCCCUACGGGCCAGUCCCCUAUAGCCUGGUUAAACUAGACUGAACAGUCCCCUAUAGCCUGGUUAAACCAGACUGAACAGUCCCCUAUAGCCUGGUUAAACUAGACUGAACAGUCCCCUAUAGCCUGGUUAAACCAGACUGAACAGUCCCCUAUAGCCUGGUUAAACCAGACUGAACAGUCCCCUAUAGCCUGGUUAAACUAGACUGAACAGUCCCCUAUAGCCUGGUUAAACCAGACUGAACAGUCCCCUAUAGCCUGGUUAAACCAGACUGAACAGUCCCCUAUAGCCUGGUUAAACCAGAC